AUGCCAUCAUCUGCCGAGCAAACCUUCCUCAUCUAUGAGCUUACCGAACAUAUCAUUCUGCAGCUGGAUGAUCCAGUGGAAAUCCUUCGCGCACAGCGUGUUUGCCGUCGCUGGAGAGAUCUUAUCCAAACAUCCCCGGUACUGCACGUGGCCUGCUGGUAUCAAUCGUCUUCGAAGCUCAAGCACGCUCAAACGCGACCAAUCUCCGACGAAAAAGCAUGGAGGCUGAACCCUGCUUUCGACCAAAUCGGCGUGCCACUGCCCAAAGCUCCAGGAGAAGAUGCAGAACUAAUAGACGAGCUUCAAACGAAGGGGCAUUUCAUGUUCGAGGCAAACCUCGACGACACACCAGUAUCAUGGAUGACUAUGCUGGCCACGCAGCCUCCAUGCCAGCAAAUGCUGAUCGAAUGCCACCGUGACUAUUCGGGCUACCAGACAAUGUAUAAAGCCCCUACCCCCCUCUGCCCUUUAGCUCAUGCCCCUUUAGCUGAUAUAUUCCUUAGGUCUUAUCACAUUGAGUCAAUGACGGGCUGUCUGCUUAUGAGCGACGUCAUAGCCUUUCUAGCCGAAUGCCAGAAACCUGGGGUAAAGUACACCACUAUACGUGUCGCUCUUGACAGGAUGCCGGCUAGUGUUUCAAGCAAAGUUGCGAUCGAGCUGCCUGGAACGAUCCGGGGGGGCUCUACCAUUUUAUUUCCCUCCAGUGCCUCGAUGGCUGGGAACACUUUCUGCGUGGGAUGA